GAGCUGAGCAGACGUGAUUAAUAAAGAGAAGAAAGGAGCCAUGGAGGGUGCGCUGGCUUUUAAAACAGUGAUGGUAGUGGUGGUUGUAGCCCUCUGCAGAGCGGUGCCCACCCCUUCACCCAGCCAAGAAGAGCUCUCUAAAGCCCAGGACUAUCUGUCUCAGUUUUUCUCUGAAGUGGGCGUCAGUGCACCCAACAGUGUCUGGCGCAGCUCUCUCGACUCCUUCGAAGACACUCUGAGAAAAAUGCAGGAGUUUUACGGCCUGCAAGUGACAGGGCAUUUAGACACCAACACUAUGGACGUGAUGAAUCGCCCUCGUUGUGGCUUCACAGACGUCAGCCAAUACAGCCACUUCGACGGUCGACCAAAGUGGCAAAAGACUCUGGUUACAUACAGGAUAAAAAACUACACGCCGGACCUGAGUCAAGUUGACGUGGAUGCCACCAUAGCCAAGGCUCUGAAAAUCUACAGUGACGUCAUUCCUCUGGAUUUCAAGCAGAUUGACAGCGGCACCGCUGACAUCAUGAUCAUUUUCAAGAGUGGAGACCAUGGAGACUUUGCUCCAUUUGAUGGGCAGAGUGGGGUUUUGGCCCAUGCAUUCUCCCCUGGAGCAGGUCAUGGGGGUGACACCCACUUUGAUGAAGAUGAAAACUGGACUCUGACCUCAGGAGGAGCCAACCUGUUCUUGGUAGCAGCCCAUGAGUUUGGCCAUGCACUUGGGCUGGCCCAUUCUCAGGUCCAGACAGCGCUGAUGUAUCCCACCUAUAAGUAUGUGAACACAGAGGGGUACAAGCUGCCAGAUGACGACAUACAGGGAGCACAAGCUAUCUACGGAAUCAGAGCAACAUCAGUUCAACCAGCGGCUGAACCUGAACCAAAUCCACAGCCUACCAUAAAACCUUUGCCAGAACCACAACCUACACCUGAGCUAGAUCCUGAACCCACACCAGAUUGGUGCACAAGGGACAUCGUUUUUGAUGCUGCAACCUCCAUCCGGAGAAACCUUUACUUCUUUAGAGAUGGACAUUUCUGGAAGAGGAGCAGCUCUUGGGACGGUAUCACCAUGAAGAGUAUCCAGUCUGUCUGGCCUGGAAUCAGUAAAGUUGAUGCUGCCUAUGAGCAUAAGAAUACUGUCAUUUUCUUUGAAGGGGACCAUUACUGGAGGAUCAGUGGAAACACUGUCCUACCUGAUUAUCCCAAACCUCUCAGGGGCUUUGGCCUCCCUCCAUACGUCAAGAAGGUGGACGCUGCUGUCCAUGUGCCAUUUACAAGCAAAACCCUGAUCUUUGUGGGGCGCAAAUACUGGAGCUACAAUGAAAGGAAAGGCAGAAUGGAUUUUGGGUACCCAAGACUCAUAAAGAUAGAGCUCCCUGGGAUUGGCUAUCGAGUGGAUGCUGCUUUCGUGAACAGUGGUUACCUGUACUUUUCAAGUGGACCCAGACAGAUUGAGUACCACUACCAACGAAGAAGAGUGAUGCGCACCCUUUCAAACUAUGCAUGGAUGGAUUGUGACUAAAAAAACAAUAUUCCAUUCACACAAACACACACACACACACACACAC